UGACAAUGCUGAUUGGUGUAUGGAGAAUAGGGAAUUGUAAUGUGUCUUUGUUUCGUAGAUUUUAGUUUGUUUUAUCCGUAUCUACCGUACAUGACUUUUUAAUAUGGGAGCCUUAACAAGCAGACAGCAUGCUGGAAUAGAAGAAGUCGAUAUUGUAUCAAAUCAUGCUUAUAAGUAUCCACCUAGAUCAGGAAAUUAUUUUGGUAGCCAUUUCAUUAUGGGCGGAGAGAGGUUUGAUACUCCACAGCCAGAAGCCUACUUGUUUGGAGAAAAUGCUGAUCUGAACUUCCUAGGAAGUAGGCCGACCCCAUUCCCAUAUCCUCCACCACAGGCCAAUGAGCCAACAAAGACAUUGAAAAGCCUUGUUAACAUCCGAAAGGAAUCACUGAGAUUUGUUCGAUCGCCAGAAAGUGUCAAUAAGUGUGGUGAAAAUGAUAUAGAAGCUGCUAAAUCUACUCAGUUCAACAUUGAAUUCACAUUUGACUGCGAUGCUCGGUGUGCCAUCACUAUCUGUUAUUUCUGCACAGAGGAUUUCACAGCAAAUGGAGUAGUGUACACACCUCGUGAUCCAUGUAUGAACUCUGAAACAUAUCAUUAUAAACGUGGGGCAAAUCAACAGUUCUGCCAGGUAUCUCAUACUUUUGAUCCAAGUCAGUACUUGGAGGAAGAAUUAACGUACAAUCCAGACCGAGAUGUGAUUCCUAUAGCAAUUCAUUGUGUUGCAGAAGAUGGAGGAGAAGAACCACGACAGUCUCACACAACAAUUGCAGUGGUAGACCGCCAUUCAGAUGGGACAUAUGUCCUCAAAGCGUUGAAGCAAAAGCUGUUUGUGGAUGGACUGUGCUAUCUUUUACAGGAAAUUUAUGGUAUUGAAAACAAGAACAAUGAUAAUAACAAGAGUGCUGGAGAUGAGGAUACAGAAGACAAUGGUUCAGAAUGUGUGAUAUGCAUGUGUGAUGUAAGAGACACUUUGAUUUUGCCCUGCCGACAUCUCUGCCUGUGCAACUCUUGUGCUGAUUCUCUCCGCUACCAGGCAAAUAACUGUCCCAUCUGCCGAGCACCCUUCCGGGCCUUGUUACAAAUUCGUGCACUACAGAAGUCCACCACAGCUCCCCAAGGGGCCAUCUUGCCUCCAGAGGGAAGUUGUGAAAACAUUCCAGCGGGCUAUGAGUCAGUGUCCCUCAUUGAGGCACUCAAUGGGCCUUGUCCAACGCGAUCUGUACCUGCAGCUCCCCCCUUGGAUGUUGCUGAAACUCCUGACCAGGAAGUGGCUGCACAGGCAGUUGAGGUGCUCAACAGGUCCAGCAUUGAGAGAACUCCAUCAUCACUGAAACAAGCUUCCAGUCCUGAAGAGUGCAUGUUAACAAAGAGUCCAAGAAGCAGUGCAUGCCACACUCCAGAGUUCCGGAUGUCCGUACUUCUGGCUAGAGAAGAGGAGAGUCACAAGGAUCAAACAACAAAGUCACCACUGUUAGUUCAACACUGCAGUCGCCCCAACAGCCGUGAUAAGAGUGCACUCAGGCCUCGUGACACAGUGAGGCUUGUUAAUGAGAAGACUGUACUUGAUCAGGAUGAGACACAAGAUGAAGACAGCGAAGCUGAGAAGUUGUCUCCACUCUUGGAUGCAGCUACUAGUACUGACCCUCUGCCCCUUGACUCUGUAAUGGUACCACAUGGUGAUGUUCUUGAGGAUGAUGAUGAUUUGGAGAUGAAGGUGGACGUUGGUGAGGGUGAGGGUGAACUAGCCACUAUGGCCAAUAGUAGUCAAGUUGGACUUACUGGGAAGGUUGUUGUGGGAGGUGGUGAUGCUGACACAGGACCAGUGGCAGCUGCUGGGGAGGACUCAGACUACUACACUCCAGAGGAUCCGCCUACUACCAUACUGAGCCCCUUGCAUGCAGACAAGGAACGUCCAUUUACAUCAAGUGCACCCCCAUCCAAUGUUCCAUCAUCUGUGGAAAGCACACCAGGAAGAUGGAUACCAGGUGUAAAAGAAGGAUUGAUGGGUGUCUCCCUUCCUGGUACACCAUUAAGCACAACAAGUCACCUCAGCAAUCGUUCGAGUGGUGAUAGUUACAGUUCUAGCAGCUCUACUCGACAGCUGUUAGCAGCUGCAGGUGGCCACCAUGACAUUAACAACAGUCAGGAUAAAUCAGUGCAAUUGUAGGUAGUAAAUGCAGCUUAAGGAUUCUUCUGGUCAUUUUCAUUAUGAAAUGAAGAGGAAGAGGAGGAUGAACAGAUGGAUGAGUGAAUGAAUACAAGAUGGGUAUUGCAUGUAGCAUUCUUGGGAGAAGUGGAAAGUGCAUACAAAUUUUGGUCAGAAGUCCUUAAUUGGCAGACUAACUUGGUCUAGGCAUAGAAUGGAAGACAGUAAGUAUUAAAAUGGGUCUCAGAUAAGUAGGGUGGGAGGGUGUGGACUCAAUUUGGCUGGGGUCAGGGACCAGUGACAGGUUCUAGUGACCAUGGUAGGAAACAUUGGGGUUCCUCGAAGGUGGAAAGACAUUUCUGCUGUUGCAGAGUUGUCUUAGCAUUUAGAAUUCAUCUUCCACAAGCAAAUAGUGUAGCAUAUUGAAAAAUGGCUAGUGUUAUAAAAUAUAAAAUUAGUGUACUAGAGAAAAUUCUCACUUCUGUCUUCUCAGAUUUUUUCCAAAUAUCUUGAACUGAAGAAGUUAUUCUCACACAUGUCUAAUAUGUGGCUUAGUUUACAUUCCUUUACAAUUAUUAUUAUUAUUAUUAUACAUUUCUGUUCUUUGUUCAUUGAAAUAUAGAAAAUAAUCAUGUGACUUUAGCAUGGAACUGUGCAAGAACUUUUGAAGACAAUUGUACUGCAUUGUGUCAAGAUAUUAGACUAGCUGUUUCUGGUCUGCUUGAGCUAAUCAUGUCAGGUCCAAUAUACAACAGCAAUUAAAUGGAA